AUGGUUACCAAAUCCAAACUCAAGCUUGCGCUAGCGGCCGAGAAGGGCAUCGACCUGCGGAAGGUCAAGGAAGAGCGCAAGAUCAAGGCGAAGCACCGCGAAGCCGCCAAGGAGCAAGAGAAGAAGAACAAGAAGAACAAGAGCGUCGAAGAGGAUGACGAGGACGACGAGAUGGAAGACGACGAGGGAGGAGACGAUGCCUCUGUCAUCUCCAUUGAGGGUGGUAUCACCUUGAACGCAGACUUUGAGGAUGCCGACUCGGAAGAAGAGGAGGAGGACGACGAAGAAGAGGACGACAAGCUCGAUAUCGAAGCAUUGGACGACACAGAUAGUGACAGCGACUCCGAUAUCGAGAUGGAAGCAAAGAUCGAGCGUCCAUCCAAGAAGGCCAAGACAGCCACCAAGACACCCACAGAAAUCGAGGAGAAGGACGGCGAAUCAGAUGAUGAGGAGGACUCAGAGGUUGACCCCGAAGAGGACGACGUUCCCAUGUCGGAUCUCGAAGGCGACGACGAGGAUCUCGAGGACAUUAUCCCCCACACCAAGCUCACAAUCAACAACAAGGCCGCCCUCCUGGCCUCCCUGAACCGCAUUCGAAUCGACACAUCCUCCACAGCCUCCUUCACAUCGCACAUGACCGUCGCUUCAUCCAAACCAACCGCCGAGGCCGUCCCCGAUGCCCAGGACGACCUCCAGCGCGAGCUCGCCCUGCUCUCACAGUCCCUCGAGGCCGCGCGCAAGGGCCGCGCGCUCCUGAUUAAGGAGGGCACUCCAUUCUCCCGCCCUAAGGACUACUUUGCGGAGAUGGUAAAGGACGACGGACAGAUGGAUAAGGUCAAGGCCAAGCUUAUCGAGGAGGCCAGCUCCAAGAAGGCUGCCGCCGAGGCGAGAAAGCUCAGAGACCUCAAGAAGUUUGGCAAGCAGGUGCAGGUCGCCAAGUUGCAGGAGCGCCAAAAGGCCAAGAAGGAUACACUCGAAAAGAUCAAGACGCUCAAGAGGAAACGUCAAGAAAACUCUUCCAACCUCGACACGCGCGAGGCCGACCUCUUCGACGUCGGCGUCGACAACGAGAUCAAGAGUCACACCAACUCGGACGGCAAGCGCGGCGGUCGCGACGGCGGCCGAUCCGGCAGUGGCGUCAACGCCAAGCGGUCCAAGAAGAACGAAAAGUACGGCUUCGGCGGAAAGAAGCGCCACGCAAAGUCGGGCGAUGCCGUGAGCUCCGGCGACCUGAGCGGGUUCAACGCCAAGCGCAUGAAGGGCGGCAUCGGCAAGAAGCCCCAGCAGCGGCCGGGCAAGAACAGGAGAAAGGCCAUGAAUAAGUAA